AUGAUAAAAUAUCCACUUGAGUCAAUUCAACAAGAAUUUGAUACAAAAAAUAGUAAUGAUGACAAAAAAAUAACAGUAGAUGCACAAGUACAAGAACAACUCCCAGUAAUUGAAUCAGUGCAUGAAAAACUUCUAGUGAAUGAAACACUUAAAGAAAAACAACCAGAACCUGAACCAAUUAAAGAAAUACAGCCAAAUAUUGAACCAGUUAAUGAAGAACUUCCAAAAAUUGAACCAAUAUAUGAAGUACAAGUUAAAGCAUUCAAUGUGAAUGAAUUACAAGAAAAUAAAUCUAAAACUCUGAUUUCAAAUACGUUACUAUCUCAGAAAUCCAAUUCUAUAUUUGAUGAUGAUGAUGAUGAUGAUGAUGAUGAUGAUAUAUUCUCUCGAAAAUCUGAGAAAGUUAAUAAGUUGUCAUCAAAUAUAUUUGACAGUGAUGAUGAAUUGGAGUUUAACCAAACAUUUUCAAAAAAUAAAUCUGAUAAAACCAAGUCAAUAUUUGGUGAUGAUAGUGAUGAUGAUCUAUUUAAUACUCCCAGCAAACCUUCAGGAAGUAAUUUAACUUCUCAAAAACCAAUUGAUAAAUUAAAUCAACGCCAAAAUCGAUCUAGUGAUGGAUAUGUAAAACUUGCUGCUGAAAGUGUUGCUGUUAAUCCGUUAGAAUCUAAGAAAAACUGA